CUGUCUCCCCUGUCUCUCUAAAAAUGGCGGACACGUGUGGCCAAGUACUGCUGGGAUCGGGGCUCACCGUCCUCUCCCACCCUUUGAUGUACAUCAAAGUCCUGAUCCAGGUAAGGGGGGAGGUGUUCGUGCAGACGAUGUGAGGACAUCCUCGUCCUGGAGCUGCUCUGUUAGCCUUUGUCAGGAGGUGUCAGGGACGGGCUGAGUCUGAACUGGGAGACUUCUUUGGAAUCGGGGCUGUGGUUUUUCUGUACCGGUCUCUGAAAGACCGGUCAGUCUAGAUGUGCACUAAAACCCUCUCUCUGGUCUUUGUUUAGCCCUCUUUGGUUCAGUUUUUAUUUGACCUGUCAGAAUGAAGAGUUGAGACCAUCAGGGUCCGUGUUGGUCCGUCUGUCCCUGUGACCUUCUGUUUGAUCAGCACUCAGCAGCAGGUGACACAGGUGUGUGCUCAUCUGUCCAAGAGCUCAUCUUACAUGAAUUUACUGCGGUAAUUCUCCAGCUUUCUUUGAACAUUUAUAUCAGAUCAUCAGGGGCUGUUUUCUAUGAAGUUAUAGGACUUAAUAACGAGCUCAGGUUCAGAAUCACCGACAGGAUCUGCUGGACUCUACAGUCUCUGUUGUGUCUGCUGGUCCAGGUCUGUGUUAGACUGGUCUUACCUGGGAGAUACUGAGAGUGAUUUCUGACAGAUGAACAUGCAGGAGUGUGUUUAAAGGUCAGGGGUGAGCUAGUGUGCUGUUACUGAGAUUUUGAGCUCAGUCCCCUCCUGGGUGAGAAUAAUCAUAAUAAAAACAGCGCCAAAGGCUGCACUCAGGGCUCAGUCUUCAUGGACCCGGGUCUGUCACUGACCCGUGCCCUUUGGCCCACCUAGCUUACGCUAAGCUAACUAGCUAAAGUCAGUGUUAAUCGUUGAGCCAGUGUCUAGUGGGGUCAAUCCAAGAGGUUUUUCAAUCCAGAGUUAGAGACAGAGAAAAGUCCAAACUCAUAACGAAACCUGCAACAAGUUGACCAAAAACUGGACAAAAACAAACAAACAAAAAAAAUAACAGGAAGUUUGGGACAGACUUCACAACAAUGAGCACCUUUACCUGUGAGCCGUGUUUCUGAUUCAACUGUGAUCUCAGUGUUUUCAUGCGGACCUCAGACUCCAGUCUUUUCUCCAUCAUGUUUGUUUAGGGAUGACUGUUUUCUCUGUUGAAGUUUGAGUAAUAAUUGGAUUUACAGAAAUAAUCAGUUUUGUCAGAUAUUGGGGGACAGACAACGGUAAUAAAUCAAAGAUUGAACAUGUAUUUAAACUAAUGUUAAUUCAUUAAACAUACCCCUCACUUCAAUCUUAAUUCUUAGUUAUCUCUAUCUCUUAAUUCUUUGAAACUGAUCAGAUCAAGUUACCCUCAUCACAGCUACUAAUCAGAGCAGUAAAAUUGACCCAAAACAGACAAAAAAAUAGAGGUUUUAAAACUGAUCUUUUCAUCCUUUUUAUUCUGUAAGCAUUUCUUUUGUCACUCUGUCAUACAUUUGUUUGCUCAGUUUAAAUCCAUGUCACUGUGCUUCUUACAUUUGUAUUGUUUAGUAAAGCCUGGAGAAAGAGUACCUUCCAGUAAAUUAAUUAAGUGUGCACAAAGAGCAGUUGCACAACAUUAAGCUUAUCACUUCGCUUUUAUAUGAUGUGUGCCUGCAUGUGUUGAUAGGUAGGACAUGAGCCGCUCCCUCCAAGCCUGGGCAGGAACCUGUUUGGCAGACAAGUCUACCAGCUGCCAGGACUGUUUGCUUAUGGUGAGUGGGUUAAAAUAUGUUUAUUUAUUACAUUACUCUUUGAGAAGGAAGACAGACUCAUGUUUUUUGUGAGUGUAUCUCAUCUUUUCAUUCUGUACUUCAAUGUUGUUGGUUUUAGAAAUUGAAAUGAUAUGCGUCUCAUGUUGCCUGACAUGACUUACGCGCUCUAAAAAAGUGGCGCAAGGUUUUAUUCAAACAUUACAAGAACUUGUAAAAGUGCCAAGAUGUUGACAGGCUCGUCUCUUCACUGAUGUUGUGUUGUGCAGAAUCGAGGACUGUUGGAUGCUAGAUCAUUUCAACGCUGUUCCUGUACUUUCUGAUCUUGUGGUUGUAUGACAGCCUAUCAGUGAGAACAGAGUUCUUCUCAAAAUAGAUAAAUAAAAUCUAUUUUUGUGUGCUUAAACAGGAAUGACAAAAGCCAAGGCAAGUCUCCUAAAGUCUGUUCUCCUCUCGAUGUGCCCUGUGGACGUUUUCUUUGAGUCAAGUUUGUUUUACAUCCGGUGUUUGUCAGCAAAGUGUAUUGUUUGUAUCCUUCAGGUCUAACAAAACUGCGUAGUGUGUUUUCUGCUCUCCAGAAACAUUUGUACAGGCCAUUUGGUUGCAGUUAGUCAAAUUUCAAUCCUAGUUUCUGCUCUCCCACAGUUAUUGAAGCAUGCUGGACUGGGACUGAUGUUCAGAGCAUGCUCCACUCAGGAUAUUUCAGGAGGGUGUCUGUGAGAAUAUUUCAGAAAAUCCUUAAACUUUAAAUUUUUCAGUGUUUGUAUCACGUUCUCUUUGAAGGCAGUCAUUUCUGACUAAUGUUGAUGUUUUUCACAAAGUCUGUUUAACUUGUUUCUUAUUACUUCUUAGUUCUCUAUUCUGAUAAUUUACUUCUCAGCUCCAUUAACAAUCCCACCAACUGCCCACACUGUGGAAAUAAUCCACUACAAGUAUAAGAGUUCCCCUGUAUCUCAUUAAAGUCAGAGUUUAAUAGCUUUAAAUUUAAAAGUUCUUGUACUUAAUCAAACAUGAGGGGCAGACAUUUUUGCUCCAGUCUGGACCUGACAAUAUAUAGAGAUGGGUGUCUUUUUUUUAAAUAAGUGGGGAAAAAGGUUCCCUAAAAUCCAUAAAUAAUCAUGAGUAAUAGAAGUGCUUCUCCGUGUGAUCAAAACGCCAGUUUUUGAUUUGAUGCUUUGUUUUUUAGUAGCAUGUCUUUCUCAUUCUCUGAUGAAUGAGGCAAUAAUGCAAAAUUUAACCUGCCGCCCAUGUCCUGAUGCAUCAUGCUUAAAAAACCCUCUAAGAUGAAUUGCCAAAUAAAUCCUGUGUGCUGUUCAGAUUUUCUUUCUUGCAGUAACUAAGUUUGGAUCCAAACACGGUUUCAUUGCAUGAGUUAUAACACGUAAUCCCCUCAGCUGUUAUUUGUGUUUUAACAAGCAACUCCUGUAACAAAGUAAAUAUUUCAAGUUUGAAUAAUGAACCUAUGAAUGCUCCAAACUAGUUGUUGGUGAAUAAAGUUGGUGUAGAACACACAGCCCUGGUAAAGGUCUUCUUCAUCUCAGAAUAAUCCCAUAGCAAGGUUGAGUGUUGGGUAGUUUGUUUCACAGGAUGUAUGUCUCUUCUGAUAAAACGCACUCUGCUGCGGGUUUACAAAAUGUUCUCAGCUGUAUUUUUUUGACCAUUUUAGCAAAACACAUCAUCAAGAUUGAUGGAAAAGCCGGUCUCUUCAAAGGACUCGGUCCCAGGCUCUGUGCAGGCACCAUCGGCACUGUUGUGCACAGCAAAGUUGUGCAGGUAGGCCAUCAAAUAUUAAUAUAUCCUCUACAUGUGGAAGAAUGAAUGCACUGAUACUCUUGUGUGGGCUGUUGUUGUGUAAGUAUCAGCCUGAAAGCAUUUCCCUGAGUAGUAGUGAGGUUAAGUUUAUUUUGUUCAGCACAGGCAAAUGUUUGAUCAUCCUGGAUUUUUAUAAAUAUCUUAGUGGAAAUAUAGCAGGGAUGUAAUUUUCUUAAAGUGGCAUCGUUUUCAGGGUAAAUGAGGGUAAAUAUUUUAAAUGUGAACUUUCUUUUCUCACAGAAAUGUCAGGAACAAGGCACACCACAGGUAAGAGUUUUUGACUUUGGUACGAUGAAUUUAUCUGAAACUUGAUACCAUGAUGGAUCGUUAAGUGACAUGAUGUUUGAUUAUCCAAAUGUUUACAUCCUGGUCUUCUAUGGAACCAUGCUUUAAAAGUUUUAAAAAGUCUCUAAGUAGCUUGUCACCUGACUAACGCGGUUAUUGGAUAAAACCAUCUGAGGGACUGCAGAUAUUUCCUGUAUGCUCAGUAUAAAAGCAAAAUCUGAAAUGCAAAGUCUGAUUCACUACACUUUUUUCAGUUUAUGCCCCUAAGAACAAGAAAAGAGAAAUAUGAGUGUAGGAGUCUGUUACUUUUACUCUUUUUCAUCAGCUCUCCUCUUGUCAGCAUCUUGUCUGAAACUGUCAUUUCCACAAGUCCUCAGAGUAGUAUGUAAUCAAUGGUGUUUGUCUUUGUUCAGGUACUGGGUGGUCAGCAGAAGGCUUUGGAGGGCUCCCUACAGCAUGUUGUUAAUGAGGUGAGACACUUGUUCAGUUUCAGAGACAUACAGCCUUUAACAGGAAACUGAUGUUUGAUCAUGAGAAGAUCUAUCCAGUAACAAAGCCUCUGAGCUUUCAGGCAGGGCAGACCACAACAGCUCAGAAAACUCUACAAAGUUUUCCUGGAUCUUUUCACUUCUCUAAACAAGGUCUAGAUCAUGUUUUGAGUUUUUCACUGACCCAUCAGAGGGCACUUUUACCACAGCUGACUUUCAAAAAUACAUUAGGUAGUUUUUAUGAUGUCUCAAAUACAAACAACAACAAAAAUCAGUCAUCCAAGAACAACAUGUAGUUGAAGUUUAAAGGUUCAAGUGGACGUAGUGAAGUUAAUAUCAAACACUGGUGCUGAUGACCGUGGUGCUCAUCCAGCUGUUACAGAUAAACAACCUCCUUAUUCAUACAGAAAAACGUUUAUGGUCUUUACAUAAAUGUAAGUCCUACAUUUUCUAUUUUGAAGCUGUUUCUAUCCCAACAACUAAGGAAACAAUAGGUUAAUUUGAGUUAAAACCUGUUAUUUUAUUAGGUUUUUAUAUUCACUGUUCUGAGUGUUUUUAUUUUUUUCCACAGACAACCAAAGAGAUGAUAGCCCGGUCCUGUGCCACCAUUGUCACACAUCCCUUCCAUGGUACGCAUUAAAUUUCUGAAACUCACCAAUUAGCUCAGCUUUACUCUCUGAAUGUUAAAUAUGUGACACUCCCAGAGUCUGGGCUCAAGUCUUUCUUUGUUUUUGAUGUGAUACAGUUCUUGUUUGGUCUGUUUUUUACUCAUGUUCACCUUGUUUUUCAGUGAUUACUUUGCGAUGUAUGGUCCAAUUUAUCGGGAGGGAAACAAAAUACAGGUAAACUUUGAACAAUGAAGAUGCUUAAUAGUCAAAUAGACUUAAAAAUACUGAAUAUUAAAUUAAUCUCUCUGUUCUUAGCGGAGUGUUUGACUCCAUUGUCACAGUCUACAGAGAAGAGGGCAUACUGGGCUUCUUUGCGUGAGUUUGACUCUCCUUGUCUUUACUCUUCAAUCAGUGUGACCAUGUUAUGAAUGUCUUUUUGUUGGGCUGUGUUGUGUGUGUUUGAUUGUUUUCUAUCAUUGUUAAAAACUACUGUCUUAGAUUUUAGUAUUGGACCCUCUUAGGGGUUCUGACAAUCCCUGAGUCGACACACCAACCCGUUGAGAACUCUAAUAGUGUGGUGUGACUUCAAUGCAUGUUGCUCUAUUAAAUGCAGAACUUGAACCACAUGACUGUAGGCGGCACUGAGAGUUAAAUCAUGCAGUAAUGUUUUUCAUAUUCACAAUUUUAAAGUCAGAUAUCAGACUGUUCUGUGUUUGUUUUCAGUGGUUUGAUCCCCCGCCUGCUCGGUGACGUCUUGUCUCUGUGGAUUUGUAACCUCCUGGCUCACCUCAUCAAUACAUACGCCAUCGAUGACUCGGUAAGUGGACUCUUUUUACCCCACCGGGGAGAGCUGAUGCUCUCUGGAUAGGAGGUUUCAUUUGAAUACACUAUUUUCUAGAUACUGUGUGCAGUAAGCCAAAGUUUAAAGGGACCCUGUGUACUUCAGUUUCACUCAAACGGGGGUCUGUGGUACAACCAGCCCACAGUCUACACGCUGCAGAUCAUAUGUCAUUAUUUUAAUGUCAUUUUCAUCUAUCGCUGUUUAUCGAUCAGUGUUUACCUCACACCUGAAAAGUACAUUUUUACCAGAGUAUACCGGGCUAGGUGAACAGAAGAACAUGACUGAUUUCUGAAACAAAAGCUGUUUGAGAGUAACUCAAAUCUUUCUAUUUCACCUAGAUUUUAUCAAAAUACACUCGCUGCUGGUAAAAUGUAAAUAAGACCUACUGCAUCUGUGUGACACCAAAGACUAGCUCAAGCUCAGUUUAAUCGUGACAGACAGAUAUGGGGGGGGCAGAAGAACUGUUGGGUCACCACAAGAGUGGCAAACUACAAAAGAGGAUUAGGGCCUCUGGAAAAAAAGUUUCAAUUAAAUAUUUUUAAAAAGCCAAACAAAAAACUGUGGACUGUAAAAGUAUCAGGACACAGUCACCCUGACACGAGCUGGUUUAUUAUCUUGAAGCCUGAAGACCCACUUGUGAGUGAAAGGGUGUCACACUUCUGUCUUAUCUGUCAGAGAGCCACACCCUUACAGCAUGCUCUGCCUUGUCAUCUUUGUCUUUAUAAGUAUAAAGGAGCUAUCUUCUUAUUAAAAGGCUGGGACCCUUUAUUUGUGAAACUUUUAGUCUCUUCUCCAAGUUGAUGUGUUCAGUCAUCCUCUUUCAAUGUAAAGUUUAUGCUAACACUGUGAAUCUUGUGCACAGAUGAGCCACACAGGAGAAAUCAAGAACUGCUCUCAGGCUGUGACAGGGGUGAGUGUGACAUAAAUCAGUUGUACACACCUGUUCAUCUGUGUCCACCUUUUUGCUUGAUCACAGUCCUGCUCUUUUCUCCUCCUGCAGUUCUUCGCCAGUAUGCUCACGUACCCUUUCGUUUUGGUGUCAAACCUCAUGGCUGUCAAUAACUGCGGGUGAGUUAUCAGUUUGUUGGUUGUUUUGAAAGCCUCAUAAGUUCCAGCAGACUUAAAUUCUCUGUAUCCUCGCAGGCUUGCUGGAGGCCUGCCCCCCUAUGCAUCUGUAUAUUCCACCUGGGUGGACUGCUGGAGGCAUCUAAGCAGAGAGGUAAACACACUAAGACCAGAUACACACUAAAGAGACCUCAGGCUCUAGUGUGGUUUUACAGCAGAUGGAAAAACAACUGUAAAAUUUACUAACAUCAUACAAAACAGCUUUUCUGUAGCUAUAGAGGAAGUUAAAUUUAAUACACGAAGGCAACUCAAUGUGCUUUACAGAGAGAAAAACUAAUAAAAUCAAUGAUAAUCUGACAUGCAUAAUUAUAAUGAGAUAAUAGGACCAGCAGCUGUUUUUGAACAUGUGCUGAGAUUUAAACAAGAGCCCCUGAUUUUCAGAUUCUGUGUCAUUACUUCAUUAAUUCAUUUCUAACAGCACAGCUUUGCUCGAUCAGUUUACUGUUUGGUCAGUCCAGGUCAGGCCGCCAGGAUAGUUCUGAAGCGCCCUCUGCUGCACCACCAGGCAAACUGUUCAAGAUACUGGUUGGCUCCUUGUAGACUGUAUUUUUACAUUCAUGUUAAAUAUGGCAGGUGAAACUUCGUAUGUACCUUGCUUUCCCCUCCUUGUCUGACACAUGGGUACCAUAAUAGGAAUACUUAACAACGUAUACUAGCAUCUUUUAAUGCACAAAUGUAAAAAGGACAGUAGUCGAAAAACAGAAAACAGCAACAAAGAACAUUAAAAACAAAGUAAAUGUGAUCAGAUCAGCUCAGAUAAUAUUCAGUUAUUACUUAUAUUGUUAUAUGUAAGGGAUGUAUUGUAUAGUAUGAUAGCUGAGUAGAAAUGUAAAGCUAAAUAUUGAUAGUAAUACUGAAAAAUGUCAAACGUGUAUGUAACAGAAAUAUCAUUUUUAUCUGGUCUGAAGUCUGAUUGUAACAUGAAGAUCGUUCUUCUGAAGUCCUGACCAGUUCUCAGACGUCAUGCUGAUCUUUGCACCUUAAGAGAAGGAAUUUCAUGUGCUGUCUGGUCCAGGUUCUAGCUAGACUCCAGUUUCAGACCCAUUAAGUUGAAACAGUUUGCAUUGUUGUUCUUCUUGUCAUAACUCAAAGCGUCUCGUCUUUCUUCCUUGCAGGGCAACAUGAGCAGAGGCAACAGUUUAUUUUUCCGGAAGCUUCCAGCAGGAAAGAUGUAUGCAAUUGAGCAGAAGAGAUUUUUUUAAAGCCUCAAGAGAACUAAGCUGAACAACGUUGUGAUAACAAAACAGACAAAAAAAAAAGUCAACAUUGCCUAAUCUGGGGAUUAAUCCUUUUUUUUGUAUGCACUUGUUUACUGAUUUUUUUUUUCUCAAAGGCCUGCGAUCAUGUGACAUUGAAGAGCAUUUGUUUCUGGUUAAUUUUCAGCAGGUUUUGCUAACAGAAAUUUACAGAUGUAAAGAGCAGGGUUGUAAGAUAAUGAAAAGCAGCGUUAUUCCAUUUGUCUUUAUAAAAACCUGUCUGAAUGAUGCUGUAACAGACCAAUGUGAAAGGGCCCUCCCCUCUUCCAUGUGUUUUUUAAAAUAGAUUAUUAAUGAAAGCUCCCCUUCAUCCACGUGAUGGGAUUUGUUUGUUGAAAACAGCAACUCAGUCUGCAUGUGGUAAUGUCUAAUAACAUGAUAAUGAUCGAGUGGGACCUCUUGUCAUGUGGUAUUGUCUUGUGUUAAUAAUUAUGAAGCUCACUGCCUAGCAGGUGUGUAAUGUUAAUGAGCAGAGGGGAAAGAGUCAGAGGUGUGGCUGAUGGGUUAUCCUGCAGCAUGUGUGGAUGUACAGAGGCAGGAAAGUCAAGUCUGAGGUAACAGUCUGAACGGUCAAGUGCUUGUAUCAGCUCAUUCUGACUGACCCAAAUAAAACAUGCUUUUUUGACCUUGU